AUGGCGCUUCCCGCCUCCGCGGCCCCCUUCGCCUUCGCCCCCGCCCGCCGCCGCUUCCCGCCCGGGACCCCUUCUUCGAGGACGGCGACGUCGAGCGGCACCUCCAGCUGCAGCAGGCCGCCCUCGCCCGGGCCCCGCAGGAGGAGGAGGAGGAGGAGGAGAGGGAGGAAGGCCGGCAGGGCACUGCUGGGUUUUUUUGCCAUUCCUUGGGAUGCGGCCAGACUUUCAGCACCUUGGAGAGUUACGAACAUCACUACAACUUGCUCCAUAGAAAUGUCUGUUCUUCUUGCAAGAGGUCCUUCCCCUCAGCACACUUGCUGGAUGUCCACAUCCUGGAGUGGCACGACUCCCUCUUCCAGGUCAUGGCAGAAAAGCAGAAUAUGUACCAGUGUCUGGUCCAGAGCUGUGCAGAGAAGUUCAAGAGCAGCAAAGACCGAAAGGACCAUGUGAUCAAAAUACACCAGUAUCCCUCUGACUUUAGGUUUGAUAAACCUAUGAAAUCUAAAAGCAGAAGGACGAUGAAACCUCCGCCUGGAGAUCACGCUGUCCCCAUGGAUGUUAACCUCGAAGCCUGUGAGCCUUCCUCAGGGGAUGCCAUGGAGACUGGCCCUGCUGAGGCCCACCAGCCCGGGGUGGAGGACACUGUGGUCUUGCCACCACCUGAGACACGCCUUCCUAGACCCAGAAUCCCCCCCAGCAUUUGUUUCGGGGCAGGAGCCACCCGUGGCUUUAAAAGCAGGAAGAAAAGAGCCUGAAUGUGGCAGCCCAGCCAGCGGGCUCCAUGUGGACACGUGGCAGCCACGGAGGAAUGGGAAGUGUGGCAGAGGAACACCAGCCUGGGAAGGACGGAGCCUUCUUGGUGCAUCCGCCAGGGCAGAGGGAGGGGGCGGCACAGCCUCCUCCCCAGGGAGGUGCCUUCAGAGGGCACUCUGCCCACCACUGCCUCCUCUGCCUCCGAGCUCAGCUCCCUUCAAGACCUUCUCCAUUAAUUAAAAAGGAUGAAUUUGGAGGUCAGCGUGGCCAAAAGCC